UUUUUUGUGUUAAUGAGUCGUGAGGACUGGGUCUCCUGCUGUUUUGGAAUGGAAGCCAGAUUUCUCGUCUGCAGCCCUGGUAGCCAGCAGGAACUGAACGUUUCUGCUGAAUAAUGGUCUAAGAGUUGGUCCAUUUUCUAUCAACUUGACUGAAUGAUUUCACAUUUUGGCGGCAGACCUUGCCUACUCAUUUGUAACCACUACCAGCCUUCCCUCUCGGGCUGUUGGGGAUCAGCGCACCACACACGUGUACGAAAGCUAUGGAAGAUAACACGACUGCUAGGGUGCCAGUUGGUUCACUCUUAUGAGGCCAAGCAUUAUCAGCUCAGGAAAUAAAGCUGGGAGAUUUACGGGUUUUGUAAUGAAAUCGGUGCAUGUGUUGUCUCUGCGUAUCAGAAGACCUGGUACAUUCACUGUAGUUGUUGGCUGAGUACCUUUUUGGCAACACUGUCAAGACUCUGAUUGAUCACUUAUGUGUUUUCGGGGCCCGCUUUAGUCAGUUUACUUGUGUGUGUGCCUCAUGCACGCCCACGUUUGUACAGCCCCCCUGGUGCAACAGAAUUCGUGGAAUGCAAAGGAAUGCCAUUUCUGGACUGGAGCUUUGGUCUUAUUGCUAACAGGUGAGUACUGUGUUCUGUAGCGCACGCCUGUGGAAAAAAAAAGUGCGAACGUAAUACGCUUCCAGAUCAAGGGAGGCGAUGUUACAUGCCCUUGUGUCUGUCAUCCUGCCCGUUCCCUUCAGCCACUCGGGCUGGUCGCUGUCGAGCGAGGUCAGCGGUGUGGAAGCAGCGUGAUCCCUGUCUACAGAUUCCACCGCGCCUAAACCCUGCCCAAAUGAACCUCUCAAGGCUCGACGCGCAGCUAAGGGGGACUCGAGGAGAAUAAAGUGCAGCGUUUAACUGGCAGUGAAGUUUUUGGGGGAAUUGAAGAACUGCACGGAAAGUGAACAAAGGGGAGGAACUGGGCUGAGUGGAUGGACUUCGGAGACGGGACAUAAUCUUAUCUCUCCAUCCUUCUCCAUCAUCCUUUUCUUUUUAACGCGCGGAUGAUAAGGAGCUCGUCUGUUGGCGUGAUUUGGAUUAGUCCUGGUCUUCGAUGCACGCUACAAAUACAUUAGCGACCCCUUUACCUGCCUAGAUCUUGUUGAUCCUUUUGCUAGACGUCUUUAAUCCUUGGCGAGGGCUCUCUGCGGGAUACUGUGCGGUGGUCAAUCGGCGGACGUGUUCAACGGGUCUUCUGCGGGCGCAGUCAUGUGGCACAGAGUUCUGAUUUGCUGCGCACUACUUGCGCUGUACUCGGCGGCACCGCCAGCGCACAUCAACCGCCUGGCUCUGUUCCCCGACAAGAGUGCUUGGUGCGAGGCCAAGAACAUCACACAGAUAGUCGGGCACACAGGAUGUCAGCCGCGGUCUAUCCAGAACAGAGCGUGCCUGGGGCAGUGCUUCAGCUACAGCGUGCCCAACACAUUUCCACAGUCCACCGAGUCUCUGGUCCACUGUGACUCCUGCAUGCCUGCUCAGACCCAGUGGGAGGUGGUGACGCUGGAGUGUCCGGGCAGCGAAGAGACGCCUCACGUGGACAAGCUGGUGGAGAGGAUCUUUCGCUGCAGCUGCCAGUCCUGCAGUAAGGAGGGCGGCCAGGAGGGGGCGGUAAUGCAGCUCUACCCGGCCGAAGGAGCCCAGGAGACGCCGUCCCUCUCCGAAACACUGAGCGGAGUUCAGGCCCUCCCCCAUCCACUCACCGAUGCCCACACCAAGCAUAUCCACUCCCAGAGAGAGCGUCAUCACACACUGCCCCACACGUCGGACGGAGGAUAGGAGCUCCGAUGGGGUUCUGUGCUUCCUCACCACUUUAGACCAUAAAGUGACAUAUCUUUCCACCAGGUGUGAGGGUGGUUAGCCGUUACAAGCAAAAAAUAAAUCGGCCUCUUCUGACGUCACAAGUGGGCGUGUCCACCUUGAUGUGUGCUGGAUGGUUCAGUCUACCAGCCUACCCUGUGGACUGUAGCAAACAAUGCUCAUCUAUCUGUCUUAUGUCAAGGUGGACACGCCCACUUGUGAUGUCGGAAGAGGCCGAUUUUCAAUGCGGCAUGUAACGGCAUAUCACACACACACCUGGUGGUAGAAUAUGUCACCUUUAAGUCACUAGUCUCUCGACCCUCCCCUCUCCAACGUGUCCUCCUCUAUACCACCCUAUUGCAAAGGCACUUUGAAAAUACAACUUUUACUUUUAUUUUAAAUGCUCACCGCGCCACAUUGUGCUUCAAGAUACAUUCCUCUGUGUGUCUUAUAAAUGUAUAGGCUACAACAUAAAGGACCCACACCAGACGAUCCGUUUUUCUGUGGUGUGUGUACUAUGUCUGUGUGUGUGUGUGUGAAGAUUCACGAGCUAUGUGUUCAUGUGUUUACUACAUUUCCUGUUAAGUUAAUUGUGGGAACGUUUGCUAAACAAUUAUUUUUACCAGUUUAGCCCUUUUUGUCAGCUUGUUUUAACCUGCUUAAUAAAAUAUAUUGCUACAUUUUA